AUGCGGGCGGGCGCGGCGGGGCGCGGCGGGGGCGGGGCGUUCGGAGGCCACGCCCCCCUGCGCGAGGCCCGCCCCCGAGCCUGCCUCCGCGCGCCGGCGCGCUUCUCCUUCCGGUCGGGCCGCGGCGUGGGCCUCAUGGAGGCGGUUCGCGCGGACGCCAGCGGCGGCGGCAGCGGCAGCGGCAGCGGAGGAGGGGCAGCGGCGCUGCAGGCCGAGGGGCGGCCGGCGCCCGAGGCGAGGGUGCACUUCCGAGUCACCCGCUUCAUCAUGGAGGCGGGCGUCAAGCUGGGGAUGCAGUCGAUCCCCAUCGCCACCGCUUGCACCAUCUACCACAAGUUCUUCUGCGAGAUCAACCUGGAGGCUUACGACCUCUACCUAGUCGCCAUGUCCUCCAUCUACCUGGCUGGCAAAGUGGAGGAGCAACACCUGCGUACCCGUGACAUCAUCAACGUGUCGCACAGGUACUUUAACCCGAGCAGCGAGCCUCUGGAGCUGGACUCGCGCUUCUGGGAGCUCCGAGACAGCAUCGUGCAGUGUGAGCUUCUCAUGCUGAGAGUUCUGCGCUUUCAGGUCUCCUUCCAGCACCCCCACAAGUACCUGCUCCACUACCUCAUUUCGCUCAAGAACUGGCUGAAUCGAUACAGCUGGCAGCGAACCCCCAUUUCCGUCACCGCCUGGGCCCUGUUGCGCGACAGCUACCACGGGGGGCUGUGCCUCCGCUUCCAGGCUCAGCACCUGGCCGUAGCGGUGCUCUACCUGGCCCUGCAGGUCUAUGGAGUCGAGGUGCCCGCCGAGGGCGAGGCCCAGAAGCCAUGGUGGCAGGUGUUUAGUGACGACCUUACCAAGCCUAUCAUUGAUAAUAUUGUGUCUGAUCUCAUUCAGAUCUAUGCCAUGGACACUGAGAUCCCCUAAGGCCUUGACCCAGGCCCGAACAGCGAGAAAGCUGGGGACGAUCAAGCUACCUGGGUAUGGUGCCACCCCAUGUCUCUGUGACAACAUGUCUCCAGGGUACCGCCUUGAAGGAUUCCUUGGGCUGCUGAUGAAAGUAAUGAGAUGCUGGCCCAAAAGCUGCUGCCGUGGGGACAGGACAGGAGCUCACCCGCACAACUUCCUGAAAGGCUGCAUCUGCUUUUGUCCCUUGAGAGGGCUGCCGUAGACACGUGGACAACGGCAGUGGGAGUGAGAAGUUCCCGCCAGGAAGGUUGAAGCACUGAUAAGACUGAGCAUCCCAAGGGCGUUUUGGUUUAAGCCAGAUUUAUAGAAGUAUGAAUGUGAAACGUAUAGAAUCUUAUUUUGUAUAAUGAAUUUUACAAAUAAACAUAUGGGAAAAGUUUAAUGCACAAA